AUGGAUGUUGAAGCUUUGAAGAAGCUCAACAAAAAUAAGAAACUAGUGAAGAAAUUGGCAAAGAAGUACCAUUCCUUUUUAGCUUCUGAAGCUGUUAUCAAGCAGAUUCCGCGUCUUUUGGGUCCUGGACUUAACAAGUUACCAUUAGUUCAAGGAGGAGGUGAGGGUAAAGGUGAGGGUAAAGCUAUGUACAUAGAUGCUAAGGGAACAUUUAGGCCUCAGCGACUCUUACAGAUUGCAGACAGACUACUACUUAUGAUAUCUUUGAAGAGUCUUGGUUUUUCUUCUUCAGCUCAAGUCAAACUGUAUAGAUCAUACCGGUUCAAUAAGAUAGGGGUGAUGGUAGUGCUUGGUUAUUGA